UGAAAGUAUUCCCUUGUAUCAACAAAAUUCAAAAUUUUCAGAUCAUUUAACAUUAAACAAAGCAUGUAAGUAUUCAAAUUUUUAUACACCUAAUGGCUGAACUCUCGCUCUUCCUUCUAUAUAGACUUCAAAAACAGAGUGAUAAUAGUUGAUCCUAACCAACCCAAACAAUGGCCACUUCAAAACCGAUAUCCCCAUUCCGACUAUCCUCCCUCCUCCGCUCCCAAAAGAACCCAUCCCUCGCACUCCAGCUCUUCCUCAACCCCAAUCCUCAAAACCCCCCAUUCCACUACUCCCUCCUCUCCUACGACCUCAUCAUCACCAAACUCGGCCGCGCCAAAAUGCUCCCUCAAAUGGAACUCAUCCUUCAACAACUCCACAACGACACUCGCCACCGCGUCCCCGAACCCCUCCUCUGCCACGUCAUCUCCUUCUACGCACGUGCCCGUCUCCCGUCACGUGCCAUUCAGACCUUCCUCUCCAUCCCCUCCUUCCGCUGCACCCCCACUCACAAGUCAUUCAACUCCCUCCUCGAUGCUCUCCUCACCUGCCGCCAAUUCCAUACAUUAACCCAAUUCUCUUCCCGUUUAACUCGAUUCGGCUCCCCAAAUGCCUGCACCUACAACAUCCUCAUCCGAUCCUCCUUCGUUCAAGGCCACGUAGACCGCGCCUUGGAACUGUUCGAUGAAAUGCGCAGCAAAGGCGUUGGUCCGAACAGCAUUACCUUUGGGACGUUAAUCCACGGGCUUUGCAAAAACACGCGUCUGCAUGAAGCAUUCCGAAUGAAAAAAUUGAUGCUUGAGGAGUUUAAGUUGAAGCCAUGUGUCUCUGUUUACACUAACUUGGUUAAAGGAGUUUGCGAGAUUGGGGAACUUGAUUGGGCGUUUAGGAUCAAGGAUGAGAUGAGUAGGAAGAACUUGAGAUUGGAUGCAGUUGUUUAUAACACUUUGAUUAAUGCACUUUUUAAGGCGGGGAGAAAGGAUGAUGCUUUAAGGGUUUUGGAAGAAAUGAAGGAGAGUGGUUGUCAUUGGAAUUCGGUUACUUGUAAUGUGAUGAUUGGAGAGUUUUGUAGAGAGAAGAAUUUCGAAGAAGCUUAUAGGGUUUUGGAUGGGGUGGAAGGUGUUAAGCCUGAUGUUUUUGGUUAUAAUAUGGUGAUUGGUUGGCUGUGUAGAGAAGGCAAAUGGAGUGAAGCAAAUGAUUUGUUUCAGGAUAUGCCGCGACGUAAGUGUGUACCCGAUGUUGUUACGUACCGCACGCUGUUUGACGGGCUUUGCCGGGGGAGGCAGUUCCGGGAAGCUGCAUUUGUUUUGGAUGAGAUGUUGUUUAAAGGGUAUGUUCCCGUUUCAAAGAGUUUGAAUGAAUUUGUUGGUGCUUUGUGCAAGGAAGGGAACUUUGAGUUGUUGUCUACAGUUUUGAGUGGGUUGGCAACUAAAGGAGAUUUUUGCAAUGAGAGUAUAUGGAAUGUUGUGGUUUCCAUGGUUUGCAACCAGGAGAAGUUAGCGGUAGAACCAUAUGAAAUUUUUGAUGCCUUGUCGGUGCUAUGAACCGUAUUCUGCUUUUGCUUCAUCAUCGGUAGAUUUUGUUUAACCAUACGCACAAGUUAAGAUACCGUUCAUCUUCAUGUACAAAACAUGAUUCUUGAUUGUUUAAGCAUCAUGAUCCACUCUUAGGUCAUGGCCGGGGUAUACGAUAACACCAACUAAUCAUACCAUUAGCUUGACAAGUCUAGCUCACAUUAACACGUUCAAAGUUUAAAAUAUAACCGCUACAAAAAAUUUGGCCCUCAAAUGUCCAAGUUUGUCUUUUGGCUGCUGCCAUCUUGAAUGAUAGUUACAGUUAGCCAAUUCUAUUCAUUUGGCCGUCACAUGUCAAAGUUUAUCUUUUGGCUGUUACCAUCUAGAAUGAUAGUUAUGGUUACACAACUCUAUUCACUUGAUCAUCAUAUACACAAAUUUGCCUUUUGGCUGGUACCACAUUUUCAUAUCAAAUACCGAGAAGGUAAAAAGUAUUUUAUAUUGGUUCUUCAAAAUGAUUUAUGGAAUAGCUGCUGGUUAUCAAAAUUUUGUUAACAUGAGGAUAUGACCCAUGUUCAUGUUUUUUAAUUAUGAGUGAGUUGUAGCCAAAUUUGGUUUUGUAAAUGCAGUUAUCGUAGCUGCUGCAAAUGAAUAUUGCAUCAUCAGUGAUAUAGUCUUGGAUGUUAUCCAACAUUAAUUUGGUUGAUGAAUUUUCCGAGCUAUAUCUGCAAAUUUAUAGGCAAGAAUCUCAUACUGAUGUAAUAUGGGCCUACAGCAAGGUUGUUAUCAAGCUACAUUCUCACAGGCAAGAAUCAUAGUUUGUAAAUCAUGAUGGUCUGAUUCCAAGAGAAAACAAAGUUUUCUUACUUCUAUUUUAACCUUGGUUUGAGACUCAAAGUCAUGUUCAGAUAUAAAGCCUACUGAGUCCUUACAAAAUAUUUAUUUGUGGACGAAAGUCAAUUUAUACACUCAAAUUGCAGUUUGGGUGAAGCAAACGGAAAUCUAAAAAUGCAGACCUAGCAUAUUUUAGUUUCAACUACUAAAGUAUUUUGCGACUGUUUAGCUUCAAUUGCCAUUAGUCUGUUGUUGAGUGUUUGAUAAAAAAAGUUGAUGAUUUGUCAUCAUGUAAUACUUGGUGCAUUCUUCCUUUUCUUCGAAGUUGCAUGCAAGAGAAGGCGUUAAAACAGUUAUGGAUCAGGACUGUUUCGGAUUUCCCUUGGCAGAUUGAUGUUGAGGUAGAUGGUGUUGAGUUGAGGCCCAUUGGGCAACACUCUAAUAUCUGCACAGUAAUGUUCGAAGAUUGGAGCCAUUAAAACAGAAAUGAAUACAGUUACUUGAAUUAUGUAAUUUGGUUGCUGAAAUUUGUAAUAUUCCUUGAGAGAUAGAAUAGAACUCAACUGGCUGGGAUAUGAUAUUUUCAUUCUGUAUCCAUUUAGUUUAUCCUGAUACCUUUUAUUUUGCAGUCGUCUUUGUCAACUGAAUUCUUCUAUUUCUGUUCAUAAUACUUUUUAAUUUGAAUUACAAUAGAUAUGAUCUUUUAUAGACUCACAACACAUAUAACUAAAUCAGUUAGUUAACUCCUAGAUCUUAGGAUUAAUUUCCUUGAUUAUAAGGAAUAAUUAUUAGAUAAGGCAAGUGUACUACUAUGCAGUUAGUGCAUAUUAGUUACAAUAGGAUUUUUCAUGUUUUUGUAAUUUUGGCUAUUUAUUUAGUUUUAGGAUGAAAGAACAGGUAUCCAACUUUUAUCGUAUUUUUAUGUUUUCACGCUCUGCAACUCAAGCCUCCAUUGGAGCAAUGGAUCAAGCUUUUAUUAAUUCAGGUUCUUCAUUGUUUUACUAUUUUUUAUCAUGAUUUCUUAUAUCAAUUUUUAUGUAUGUGCUAUUCCUCACCAUGAGUGAGUAACCCUUUAGGGGCUAAGGGUCAUGAGACCGAAUUCAUAGCUAUUUGUAUGAUCGAUUUGAAUAUGAUACGAGAAUUAACACAUGUUUAUUAUUAAAAUUUAAGUUUUAUUUUAUUCAACCCUUGUUAUGAAAGUAAAAGAGUUUUCAGGUAUUGAUUGCGAUCCGAAAGGACUUGUAUCAAUAUCCGACAACAAAUUUUUAGAUUACAGAGUUUGAUGACGCGAAAGUGCUCAAAAGAAGUUGA